AUGGACGUCACACACCAAGGCAUCCCGAUUCAACCUGUCUUCAGUCUCAAUGAGUAUGACCUCGGGUCGGCCUUCCCGGACGAGGACCUGCUUCUCGGAGACGGGGCCGCGUACUCUAGUGAGACGCUGUCCGCCUCUCCCCCGACGGGCGCCUCUUCGGCAGUGGCUGCCAAUAACUCACGUCCCGAAAUUAGCACGUCAAACGCACCGGUUCAGAAGCAGAGGCUUGAACGAAGAGGACAUACGAAGAGCCGAAGAGGAUGCUUUAACUGCAAAAGAAGGCGGAUCAAGUGCCAGGAAACGCGCCCAUCUUGUGGUCAUUGUGUCAAGACCGGUUUGAAGUGCGAAUAUCCAAGCACGCCAACCAUCACACACCAGCCUCACCACCAAGUUCCGCUCUUUAGCUUGCAGGACAUGAGGUUCUUCCAGCACUUCAUGCUCCAGUGCUACCCGCACCACCCCAUCGGCAACGAGAACAUUUGGACCCACGAGAUUCCAUGCUUGUCUCAAAGCCACGAGUUUUUAAUGCACGCCAUCCUCGGCAUGGCGGCCUGCGAUCUAAUGGCCCAAGACCCGAGCCUGUUGGCCUUCGCCAUGGCUCACCGUGUCAAGGCCAUCAAGGCAAUCAAGAAGUCUCUGGCCGAGCUUCCGACCAAGGGGACUAACAUGGAGCACGCCAACGCGCUCGUAGCCACGUGCUUCGCACUGACGUUCCAGUCGACCAGCUUCGAGGAUGGCAUGGGCGAGUUCAUGACCUUCAUCAGAGGCAUUCUCAUCAUCGGCGCGCAUAUGAUGUGCAAAGGGACCAAGCCCGUCUUCGUCAACAUGCUUGACCAGGAUUCGCGGGCGGUCUUGGAGCCGAAGAUGGUGAAUCUUCCAUUGAUACGGCAGGAGUGGGCUGACGGUGCGGUUGAAGCCAUUGCAUACAGAAUGAUCUCGAAGCACUACGGCUGGUGGAUCCAGCUGCCGCAUGACAAGUUCCAGCGGGUCAUCGACAUGUCUAACAUGACGAUGGUUCUCCUGGCUACUCACUGGAUCGCCGCUCAGCUAGUAAUGGCAUCGGUUACCAAGGCCGAGCAUGAAUGCCGCGAGAAAGCGCCGCCGAAGAAGGAGACGGACAACCCGGAGGACAUGGGCAGCAUUGUUCGCUGGCUGAGGUAUCUGAACAGGCAGAUAGACCAUGAGCACCUCAUAUACAACCAGUGGCCGGUGUGGGUGGAGGACCAGAUGAGUCGGGAUCACUUCUUCUUUACAAAGAUAGAAUGA